UUUAAGGUAUCAUUUAUCAUAUUUAAUUAGUAAUAAUAAUUUUAAUCAUUAGAUGAACGUAUACCGUAUGCGUCCUGCGCAUCCAGAGUUCGAUUGGUUUGAACAUAACAAAAGUAAACGCCUAAUGCAAUAUGAUAGCGGCGAGAAGCUAGCAGAAUUUAAUGAGAAUGGCCGUGGUCGUUGGUUUUAUAAAAAUGGCAGAGUGGCACUUGACUAUUAUGAUGCGGAAGAUGAACGUGGCCGGUCUCGACCGUUCACCAUACUGGCCACGUUUGACUAUCUUGGGAAUGGCGUGGUUUUUGAUCACACAGGAAAAAUAAGGUUGAAAUAUAACCAGACCGAGGGUGUAGUAUUAGAUAGGGCAAUUGGUCCCGUGUCACAUUGGAAAUGGCAUACUUUAAAUGAUCCACCAGUUCUUCAACAAGUGAUGAUAGAUACACAAAUGCCAUACAAAGAUCCUACUAUAUUAAAACUGGGGAAAAACGAUAUAAAUAAAUCACGUCCAGAUAACGAAGACAUGCUCGCCAUCGAGUUUGACAAUUUCAUAAAAGAGAAGAGCAAGAAGUUGUCACAGACGUUCAAACCUUUCCAAAUCAGAAUGAAAGCACUAAAGAUCAAUGAACAAUUUUCUUUAAAAGUUUUAGAUCAAGCGACGAUAUAUUUGAUAUUUAGAGAUGGUUCUGCUAAUCUGAAACUGAAUCUUGGUAUGAUCUUGGACCACAGAGAAAUAGUGGAUACAGAUACUGCUGAAGUAGGUGAAGUAUCGAACAGUCUAGAACGACUGCCGGCUCGUACCGAUAGUAUAGCUAGGCUUCAGAGUAGCGUGGCUCAUGCACAACACAUAGAGCGUUUGAGAACGGAUCGUGAGCGGUGGCUACGUCCCACAGCCCCUACUGCCAGCGUAGACCAGCUGACAGCCGCCGCAUCAAGUCCAAUGAAGCCACCAUUUCGUACUGUACCUUCGAAUACAUCUGUGAGUUGCGCUUGUAAAUGUAGGAAGCUAUCUAGUAAUUUAUAUUACGAUACGCGUCUUGUAUAA